ACCACACCAAGGAUUGAGCAUCAAUACCUACAAUUACACAUACAUUAUCAACUCCAAAGUGAGAGAGAGACAAUGGCCAUGGCAAAGAAGUUAGUUUCUGCUUUUGCCAUCUUUUCCAUCCUUGUUCUGGUUAUCUCUGCGAUGCCUGGGACAGAAGCGCAUGAUGAUGACGACUGCCUGAAAGAAUACGGUGGUAAUGUUGGUUUCCCCUUUUGUGCGCCUCGGAUAUUUCCAACCAUAUGUGCUAGAAGGUGCAUAGAGGACAAGGGUGCUAAAGGUGGGAAAUGCGUAUGGGGAGAUUUCGAUGUUAAAUGCUUAUGCGACUUCUGCAGCGCCGAAUCUUCUGAUCAGUUUAUCAGACAAGUUUGAAUCAAUUUAUUGCAUUGUGUAAUGGGUUUGCGUAAUAAUCCAAUUGAAGUAAUGUAACGAAUGAAUUAAGUAAAAUAAAAUAAAGAAACCUAGGCCUUGCCUGGGUUGUUUUAUUA